AUGGUUUCUCACCAGAAGUCUAACUAUGGUUUAGUAGUGUUUGCAAUACAUAAUUUCAAAUACAAGUCACGCGAAUGUCUUCAGCUAAGUGUCGGUGAACUCGUGGUUGUGUUACAAGAGUCUAAUGGCUGGUUCAGAGGUUACUCGCAGAGGAAUACCUCUAAAAUAGGGAUAUUUCCCUCGAAUUACGUACAAAUCAAGUCUUUGAAAUCGGAUAAUAAUUGUGAUAACGGAUCGCCACUCGAAGAUCCCGUGUGUCUGGAAGUGGUGUCGACGGUACGCGAAUGGUAUACGAAAUGGCGGGAACUGUACCUCAAGAGGGAUUACGCGCGCUUCGAGUCCAUACGCAUAGCGAUGGUGGAGCUGAUGGAGUGGCGGAAGCAGUUGCUCUCGACGGCCACCACUAGCGAUAUGGCGAAGACCUUGCGGUCGCAGAUGGUGUCCAAAAUGGAUUGGGGUAACGAUAUGCUGGCCCUGGACUUAGUGCCGCGACUGCCCUCUGGAGAGCCCGUCGACCCGGAGCUGAAGUCACCGCUGGAACUGCUGGACAUUCAUUUGGCGGCGUACCUGUCGGGCGCCGGGAGUUCGCGCAAUAGCAGCGUCUCGUUGACGGGUAGGCCCCAUAAGGAGGGAAUGGGAGCCAAGAAGAACCACUUUUUACUGCAAAUCCGCGAAUCCAACUUCAAUACCAUCGAUGACUCGAAUCAAAUACAAAUGGAUUUCUCGCUGUUCGACGGCACCGACUAUUUGACCGAAAAGUUUUGCUACAAACCUAACGGCAAACUAAAUCGAGUGGUUUUCGCGGACUUGUCGUCCAAAACACUGGCCAAUGGGACGGGUAGUAGUGGUGUGUCGGCUAAUGGUGCCGAUGGGCUGCAGCUAUGCGUACAGGUGUGGCGUUUCGGCAAAAUGUUUGUCAAUGAGAGGUCCGGUAAGACGGCUCAGGGCACCGGGCAUUUCAAAAGGGCUCUGGCGUUCAAUUUGGUGCCCAUCGCGGACCUGAUUAGGGACUCGGAUGUGGCGCUGAAGCUCUAUGAGGGAGAUAUGGCCACCAAUUAUGACAUACUGGUCCGCAAACAGACCAAUAAGUUGACGCAUUCCCAGAACGCAUUCAUUACUAUUAAUAGCAAACUAUUGUCCGAUGAGUUGCCGCCAAAUCUGGUGGAGUCGCCCAAUACAUGCGUGGCGAUGACCAAGAGUUUCGGUGAUAUCAUAAGCGCCGGUCAUUUUCGCAAUGAUCUCUAUUUGAGUAUAGAGUCCGCGGAGUUUGAAAAAGGAGGCAAAACGAUACCGAAGAACAUCGAAGUGUCCACAUGUCUGGUGACGGCCGAGAAUGGCGUGCAGGACAGGGCUAUCAGCAGCGGCGCCAACGAUGACCGGCACACCUAUUACCGGUCGCACGUGUUGUACCACCAGAACAGCCCCAAACUGUGCGAACACAUGAAAGUGGACGUCCCUCUGGACCUGUUCGAGGCGGCGCACAUCCGGUUCGAGUUCAGGCACUGCUCCUCGAAGGACAGGGAGCGUAAACUACUGGGCUUCGCGUUCCUGCCAUUGGCCGACGCGUUGGGCGCCUGUAUAGCCGAUGGCGACCACGAGCUCUACAUCUAUAAGUGCGACGACAUCCGGAAGCUGGACAACGCCAACGAGUAUCUGUUCAUCCCGUGGGGUCCCAAAGACUCGCUGAGCCCCGCGACCAGCGGUACGUUCACGCGAUCGGCCAAAGAGUGCGCUCACGUGCGGACGUGUUUGGUGUCGUCGAAGUUGACCCAAAACAGCGAUCUCUUGUCACUACUUAAAUGGCGCGAAAACCCCGACUCCAUAGUGGAGGCGCUGAAGCGUGUGAUGCGAAUACCGGGCGAAGAGUUGGUGAAGUUCUUGGAGGACGUGUUGGACGCGUUGUUCGCGUUGUUUGCCAAUAAUGACGGCUCGACGACCACUCACUCGGGACUGGUGUUCAAAGUGUUGAUACAUAUCUUCACGACGUUGGCUGAGCCCCGGUUCCGGAGCUACGAGUUGGCGCUCAAUGUGUACAUCGAGUCCCAGUUCAGCGCAGCGCUGGUACACAAGGGUCUGGUGUCGUGUGUGAAACAAUGCGCCGAACUGGUGGCCGAGGCUAACAAACGGGAGGCCAUCCUGAAGUGCAUGCGAGUGCUCUCGUGGUUAAUCAAGUUUAUCAUUCAGUCGCGCAUAUUGUAUACCAGGGCUACCGGUCAUAACGAGGACGGGGAUAGUUUCCGGGCCGACAUGUUUGCCCUCUACGGGGCACUGAAUCGGGUGCUGACCCUCGAGAGCAAAGGCUCGACCGAUGAGAGCGUUACGUCCAUACAAGAGGCGAUUCUGGUGUCGAUUCCCAUAACAUUCCCGCAACUGAUUAGUGUAUUGAAUGUCAUAAAUCUGUCGAAACUGAUCAAAGCGAUCAUCAAUUCGGUCUUCGAUGGCAACCAUAAGAUAAUUUGCGCCAAACUAUUGGUGAUCAACGAGACGGUGAAGUGCGCCGACAUCUGGAGCGACGACGAGUCGAGGUUCGAGUUGUUGGACACAGUUAUCCGGCAACUGGUGCUGCAUAUCGUGGAAAGGGAUGCGUUGCCUAUACUGCGGCACAUUAUCAUCGAAUUGCGCCAAAAUGGCAGCACUCGCGACACGGAGAUGCUGUCGAUUGGGGCGCUGGACGUAAUGGUGGAGCAUAUCAUCGACUUGUCGGAGAUCACCGGACAAAACGACUCGGAGUACUUGUCGCAGUUUAUCACGUGUUUUAUAUCACUUCUGGAGCGCAUGAGUGAACGCGAUUACGUCCAGUUGUUUGAGAUCAGGUCCCAUCGACAACGCAAAGAACUCUUGUGCCAUAUAUUCGCCGCAUUUCACGCCACACUCAACCACUUCCCC